CUCUAGAAAAGCAGCCCACAACGGCCCCAGCUCUCAGAGGAGGGCGAGCUUCUGAGGCGACUUGUCUGCGGGGGUACUCGGCCAUCUCUUUGUCCGUCCGACAUGGAACCAAAGCGGAUCAGGGAGGGCUACCUUGUGAAGAGGGGGAGCAUGUUCAACACCUGGAAACCCAUGUGGGUUGUAUUGUUAGAAGAUGGAAUUGAAUUCUAUAAGAAGAAAAGUGAUAACAGCCCCAAAGGAAUGAUUCCUCUGAAAGGAAGCACUCUGACUAGCCCUUGCCAGGACUUUGGCAAAAGGAUGUUUGUGUUUAAGAUCACUACGACCAAACAGCAGGACCACUUCUUCCAGGCAGCCUUCCUGGAAGAGAGAGAUGCCUGGGUUCGGGACAUCAAAAAGGCCAUUAAAUGCAUUGAAGGAGGCCAGAAGUUUGCCAGGAAAUCUACCAGGAGGUCCAUCCGACUGCCAGAAACCACUGACUUAGGUGCCUUGUAUUUGUCCAUGAAAGACACUGAAAAAGGAGUAAAAGAACUGAACCUAGAGAAGGACAAGAAGAUUUUCAAUCACUGCUUCACAGGUAACUGUGUCAUCGACUGGCUGGUUUCCAAUAAAUCUGUUCGGAAUCGCCAGGAGGGCCUCGUGAUAGCCUCCUCCUUGCUCAACGAAGGGUACCUGCAGCCUGCUGGAGACCUCUCCAAAAACGCGGUGGAUGGAACUGCUGAGAACCCUUUCCUCGACAACCCCGACGCCUUCUACUACUUUCCAGACAGUGGGUUCUUCUGUGAAGAGAAUUCCAGUGAUGAUGAUGUGAUUCUGAAAGAAGAAUUCAGAGGGGUCGUUAUCAAGCAGGGAUGUCUACUGAAGCAGGGGCAUAGGCGGAAGAACUGGAAAGUGAGGAAGUUCAUUCUGAGAGAAGACCCUGCGUAUCUGCACUACUAUGACCCUGCUGGGGGGGAAGAUCCCUUGGGAACGAUUCGCCUGAGAGGCUGCGUGGUGACCUCAGUGGAGAGCAACCCAGAUGGCAAGAAGAGUGAAGAAGAGAACCUCUUUGAGAUCAUCACGGCUGACGAAGUUCACUAUUUCUUGCAAGCGGCCACCCCCAAGGAGCGUACCGAGUGGAUCAAAGCCAUCCAGGCGGCCUUCCGGACGGGGAAGUGAGGACACACCGGCGACCUGCACCACCCCGCUUCCCGAGGGAACCUCAUGGAUAAGCUCGGUCCAGGACCUGGCCACUUCUGCGACAGAUCGAGAAAGGGCCCAGGGGUGGGACAUUGUCAUCUUCGGGGGUCCUGAAUGUAACUAACCACGUGCUGCGUGAUGUUUGCCUACACCGACCGCAUUGCUCACUGAGGCCUCUCUGCCACUCUCUGUGUCCCCCAGGCAGAUAUGACAAGCUGUGUGGCCUGGGGACAUUGCUUACCCUCUCCAGGCCUCAGGUUCCUCCUCUGGAAAAUGACGUUGAACUAGGAGAGCCCUGAGGUCCCCCCUAGCUUCAAAAGCCCCGCGAUUCUAAUACGCAUGGCAGUGCAGCUGGAGUCCCUCUGUGACCAAGUCUUGGCCUUCAGAACCUGAAACAACUCUUCCCUUUAAAACUGUUGCCCAUCUGUACUAAGAGCACUAGAUACAAACCUCUUUUUUCCCCUUUUGCUGCCUUCCCUUGCUCUUGGCCACAAGAUCAUAUAUCACGGUCAAGGAGAACCCUCUUCCUUCCUUGCCCUACCCAGAAACUUCCUGGGAGCCAGCGCUGCAGUGUUGGCUUUUAGCUUGAAGCCUUGUGACGACAGCCUGGAAAGUUAUGUCUUCUGAGAAAAAGACCCGAGGAAACCAGGAGUAGCCCAGGGUCCUCUCCACGUCCUGAAGCUGCUCAAAGCAGGCAUGUUCCACUCGCACUGGAGACUGAUCUGCCUCGGGGCUAUCUUUGUCCCUUUCCAGAGCAUUUCUCUACCAUUUUUUCUAAUUAGGAGCAGGAACUCCAAAUCUGCAAGAUUCUGUUUCAUUAGAGUGUUUACAGAAAAAAGUGGCCAGAGGGAUUUUCUCUAUGGGGUCUCUCCAUGGGUGAGGGGGCUGGACAGCUGCCCGCCUGAAGUGUCCCCCCAGCUCCAGAGGGUGUAGGGGCUGGAUCACAGGCCAGCUGAUUGGAUGAUGAGUUUAUACAAAGACAGCUCUGAAAGGACUUACAUCUAGACAGCGCGUGGAGGUGGCCGUCACAUUGUGCCGCGCCUUCAGUUCUUGAGUUAAAGAUACUGUGGUUGUGCCUUAAAGCAUAUGCUUUAAGGACAAGCUGUCCGGUCUCCUGCUUGGCCUCUGAGGGGCCUCAUGGACCCAUCAUCAGCCAGAGGGAUCUGACCUAGAUUCAAAUUGGGUAACUGUUUCCAAUUUUUGACCCCGUCCAUCAACUAGUGAUUCUAAACCAAAAUUGAGAUGGAAAUCUGGUAUGUUGUGCAGGUGUAUUUUCCAACUUCAGAUUUUUAAUUUUAAGGCCCUAGUGAGGAAAAGAGAGUAGAAAAUUCUUCCUGAUUUUAUCAACUCCUCUCUUUCCCUCCCCCAAUUCUACACGAUAUCCUUGAAGCUAUUCCUACCUCCAGAUUGUUUUCUCAAUGGCUGAGAGAUGAAAGACUACCUUUUCUCUGAUUCUUUAGUAAACUGUAUUAGAACAUGCAUAGUAGUUUUUCUAUAUUCAGUGUUAAAAGUAUUUAUUAAUAUGGAAUCAGUUUUGAGUUUUGAAAUAAAUGUUACCAUGUUUAGCA